AUGAAACUCGUUAUCCAAAGAGUCAAAUCAGCAUCCGUGACAGUCGAUUCGGAGUUGGUUUCCUCUAUUGGCAAGGGCCUUCUUGUAUUUGCUGGCAUAGGCAAAGAAGAUAACGAGAAGGAUGCUGAGAACCUCGUGAACAAGGUCUUGAAGGCCAAGUUCUGGCCCGAUGAGAAUGGAUGGAAAAAGAAUGUUAAGGAUAUUGAGGGGGAAGUACUAUGUGUCUCCCAAUUCACCCUCUAUGCAAAAAUGAAGAAAGGCAAUAAACCCGACUUUCAUGACGCAGCUGGUCCCGAGUCAGCGCGCAAAAUCUAUGACUUCUUCUAUGACAAGAUGCAGGAAGGCUAUACUCCGGACCGGGUCAAGAAUGGUGUCUUCCAAGCCAUGAUGGAGGUUGAACUGAAGAACGAUGGGCCGGUGGGUGUGGACUACUGCAGCGAGGACGCGGCGGUCACAAUCGAAAUCAAUACCAAUCUUCCUAAGAAGGAGCCCAAGGAGCCGAAGAAUGGAGACAAAGACUCCGAUGAACAGGAAAUUAAGGGACCUUUUGAAUUCCAAAUUCCUCCUGAAUUGCUACAGUGA